CCAGCCCCUUCCCAGGAGCCGGAGGUGUGCCGCCCGGGCCGCUACCCCGCCACCCCGUCCCUGGAGCGUCCCCGGAGCCCGUGCUGGGCGCGGAGAGAGGGCGCUGUCCCUCAAGGCCCUCACCCUCAGCCAGGCGGGCACCCCGGCAGGGGCUGAGCCACCCUCAUGGAAGGGAGAGGACCGUACCGGAUCUACGACCCUGGGGGCAGCGUCCCUCCGGGAGAGGCGUCCACAGCUUUUGAGCGCCUAGUGGAGGAGAAUUCCAGACUAAAGGAAAAAAUGCAAGGGAUAAAGAUGUUAGGGGAGCUUUUGGAAGAGUCCCAGAUGGAAGCAUCCAGGCUGCGGCAGAAGGCAGAAGCGCUGGUCCAGGACAGUGAGCUGGGCAAGGACAGGCAGCUGCUCCCACCACCGUCUCCCACUUUGACUUCCUUCGACCACCUGCCUGAGCUCACAGGAAAGGAUGCAAAUGUCCCAGCACCCCCUGCUGACCCUGCACCCCCCAGUGACAAGCCAGAGCCAGUCCAAAAACCUCCAUCCAGUGGCACAUCCUCUGAAUUUGAAGUGGUUCCCAACGAGCAGAAUUCUCCACCAGAGAGCGGCGGCCAAACCAGAAACAUGAUGGAGCUGGGUCCCCUGCCCCACGAGGACAGCAACCUGAUGCUCCACCUGCAGCGCCUGGAGACCACCCUGAGCGUGUGCGCCGAGGAGCCGGACCACAGCCAGCUCUUCACCCACCUGGGCCGCAUGGCCCUCGAGUUUAACCGGCUAGCCUCCAAGGUGCACAAGAAUGAGCAGCGCACCUCCAUCCUGCAGACCCUGUGUGAGCAGCUUCGGAAGGAGAAUGAGACCCUGAAGUCCAAACUGGACAAGGGCCUGGAACAGCGGGAUCAGGCUGCCGAGAGGCUGCGGGAGGAAAACAUGGAGCUCAAGAAGUUGUUGAUGACCAGCGGCAAAGAGGGUGUCUGCAGGCGGCCAGGCUCACCCAAGAUGGAAGGCGCAGGCAAGAAGGGGGUAGCUGGACAGCUGCAGGCUAGUGCAACAGCAAGUAAGAUCCCAGAGGCGGGAGCCUUGGGUGCAGCUGAGAAGAAGGUGAAGAUGCUGGAGCAGCAGCGCACAGAACUGCUUGAAGUGAACAAACAGUGGGACCAGCAUUUCCGGUCCAUGAAGCAGCAGUACGAGCAGAAGAUCACUGAGCUGCGCCAGAAGCUGGCGGACCUGCAGAAGCAGGUGACUGACCUGGAAGCUGAGCGGGAGCAGAAGCAGCGUGACUUUGACCGCAAGCUUCUCCUGGCCAAGUCCAAGAUUGAAAUGGAGGAGACCGACAAGGAGCAGCUGUCAGCAGAGGCCAAGGAGCUGCGCCAGAAGGUCAGGUAUCUGCAGGAUCAGCUGAGCCCUCUGACCCGGCAGCGGGAUUACCAGGAGAAGGAGAUCCAGCGGCUCAACAAGGCCCUAGAGGAAGCACUGAGCAUCCAGGCCUCCCCAUCGUCUCCACCAACAGCCUUUGGGAACCCAGAAGGAGCUGGGGGCCUCCUCAGAAAACAGGAGCUGGUCACGCAGAACGAAUUGCUGAAACAGCAGGUGAAGAUCUUUGAGGAGGACUUCCAGAGAGAGCGCAGUGAUCGGGAGCGCAUGAAUGAGGAGAAGGAAGAGCUGAAGAAGCAGGUAGAGAAACUGCAGGCCCAGGUCACCCUGUCAAACGCCCAGCUAAAAGCAUUCAAAGACGAAGAGAAGGCGAAAGAAGCCCUCAAACAGCAGAAGAGGAAAGCAAAGGCCUCGGCAGAGCGCUACCACGUGGAGCCCCACCCAUACUUCGGGUACUAUGGUCCGCCCGUGCCACAUCACGGCUAUGAGGAAUGGUCCCAGAUCCGCUACCCCCCGCCCCCCAUGGCUAUGGAGCACCCGCCCCCACUUCCCAACUCGCACCUCUACCCUAUGCCAGGAUACACCUGGCGGCCACCUUAUGGAGGGAUGCGCAAUCAGACCUCCCAAGUGAUGGACUCGCCUACAGCUAGGCCUGCAGAACCAGGACUUUGAAACCUACUGUACCACCUCAUCUUUAAGUCUUCAAAAUUUUUGUUUAUUUAGACUCUGCAAAAAAUGACCGCAAGGGGCCUCAGUGAGACCAGAUUACUUCACUUGGCUCCACCUUCGUCCUGCAGAGCCAGCUGACCUCAGAUUUCUGAAAAACUAGAGGCCACAUGCUCUGUGUGGCCAGAGUCUGAGCCAGACAGGAAGCUGAGAGGGACCACCUGCCUAUGCCCUGGCCCAACCUGAACUGUUUGCAGAUUGGGGAGGCUCUACCCAGAAGGCUUCUGUCUGCGCCCUGCCUUUGGCGCGACUGGAAAAAACUCACUGUCCUGCCACCGCCUGGAGAGAGGACCUGCCAUCCUUUGUGGAAUCCGCCGGGGGACGUCAGUCACAAGAGUGGGGUGCAGCUGAGACCCUUCUUUCAAAACUACCCCAGAAGGGGUUCCAGCCCCUCUGGGGACCACGUUCAAUUCAUGUGUGUGUUUAAUUUUGCUUCAAGCUCUGUAGUAGCAGGACCUAGACCACGCCCAUCCCUUCCCUCUGUGAGGAGCUGCGGGAAAAGGAGGUUUGCCUCUGGGAGCAGAAGAGAACGAGGGAUGUUCUGCUGCUGGCCCUCCACCUCCGCCACGGCAGCCUUGCUCUCGCCACUGCAGCCCGGGAUGAAGCCAUGCCAGCCACAUAUGCUGAGGGGCCCAAGCCUGAAGCGACCAGACCCUCGGCCCCGCCACUGGAGGCUUGUGGUGCUGGAGGCCCGGAUUGGGGUGGCUGUCCAUCCCUGGGCAGCUCUUUGCACGAAUCUUGGACAUAAAUCCAAAUGGAAGUUUCUGUA